ACCCAGACUUCUUUGCGAUCACUUUCCUGUACGUAACGCCUGGGAAAGAAAUUCAAGAUUUCGUCCGGUGUCUGGUCGCGACCAAAGAGAACUGAUUCUUCAUGAAAGAAGAUUCAUUUUGCUCCCUUAAAAUACGCUGAUAAGUGACGAACACGCUUCUGGGUAUUUUCGGACUCUUUACAAAAUAUUAUGGUUAUUCUAAGCUUGAGUUGGCUCCUAAUAGUUAAAUAAUUUACUUCGUGAAUUAACUCUUGGCUGUGGUAAUGUCUGUUUAAUACAACCAGAGUUUGUUAGGAUUCAGGGCUUAUCCUCGGCUUUUAUAAAUGACAAGAACAACUUGGAAGUAUAUCUUCGCUCUAGUGUCAAUAUGGCUGCUAAUUCUGGGCUAUAUGGGCUGGCAGCUUCUGUCAGUGGCCGAGGAUUCGAAUCGAAAUGUAGCUGCGGUUAUGCAGAAAGAAAGACAUGUGGAACUACUACAGAAUCAAAAUGAGGGGCUCAAAAAGAAGUUAGCGGAGCUUCAAGCUGAAAAGAACAAGUUAGAAAUUGAAGUGGGACAGCUUAGAAAGAAGAAUUUAGAUCUUGAGCGAAAACUCGCCGCGGAAGCUUCUGAAAAUCAGCAACCGGUGAUAAAGGAAAAACGCGACUCCGAAGUGGCGAUCAAUUCUGUGACCAACUCUCAUGGUUUCACCCCGCCAAGCGAGGAAUUCUUAACUACGAGACGCAGAGCAGAGAAAGAAUUGAAAGAAAUAUGGUAUUUUGUAAGUGCGGAAGUCAGCAAAGUGAACAAAAUUGCUUCCGAAAAUGUAAAUAGAAAGCUUCGUGAAAUGGUGCAAACUGUUGCAGAUAUGCACCAUACUUUAUCACUGAACUUCGAAAAGUUGAAGACGAUGGAUGGUCAGAAAGAAUGGGUCGAAAAAGAGCAUAAAGAACUAACCGAUCUUGUUCAAAGACGGCUGCAUUACUUGCAACAUCCUAGAGAUUGUAAUUCGGCAAAGAAACUUAUGUGCCAGAUCAACAAAGGUUGUGGGUACGGAUGCCAAGUACACCAUUUAAUGUAUUGUUUUAUAGUCGCUUAUGGUCUUGAAAGAACGCUUAUAAUCGACUCUGUCGGAUGGCGAUAUUCAGCUAAAGGAUGGAACGGGAUUUUUAAACCGGUCAGUGAAACCUGUACAACAUAUCAAGGCCAUCUAGCGAGCUGGAGUGGAGCCGCUUCGACGAGAGAAAAUAAUAUUCUUAUGCCCAUUGUCGAUAGCCUGUACCCACGACCGCCUUACAUGCCUUUAGCGGUACCAAAAGAUUUAGCUGGUAGAAUUCAACGAAUUCAUAGCCAUCCAUUUGUCUGGUGGAUUGGUCAGUUUGCGAAGUAUUUAUUUCGUUACGCACCGCCGGUACAAGAGGAGAUCGACAAGAAAAGAACCCUUCUUGGUUUCAAGAAGCCCAUUGUUGGGGUUCAAGUGAGAAGAACAGAUAAAAUAAACACAGAGGCUGCCUUCCACUCCAUUGAGGAAUACAUGUAUUGGGUGGACUUGUAUUACAAUAAAUUAGAGAGAGUGCAAGCAGUGGAACAGAGGAGGGUUUACCUUGCAACAGAUGAUCCAAAUUUAUUACCUGAGGCAAAGGAAAAGUACAAACACUAUGAAUUUGUUAGUGAUCAAGAAAUUUCCAAAUCAGCAGGGCUAGGUUCUCGUUACUCAGACUCAUCACUUCAUGGAGUUUUGUUUGAUAUUCAGAUGUUGUCUGAAUGUGAUUACUUGGUUUGCACCUUUUCGUCACAGGUAUGCCGUGUGGCCUAUGAACUUAUGCAAUCAUCACAACCUGACGCAGCCAAAAAAUUCCAGUCCCUAGAUGAUAUUUAUUACUACGGCGGGCAAUCAGGCCAUGAUGUUCGAGCAAUUUAUCCACAUAAGGCCAAAGAUGGUUCACAAAUAGAUCUCUCUGUGGGAGAUCGUAUAGGAAUUGCCGGCAACCACUGGGAUGGGCACUCCAAGGGUCUUAACCACAAGACAGGUCAAGACGGACUCUUCCCAUCGUACAAAGUGGAAGAUAUCAUGGAAGUCUAUGAUUUCCCAACAUAUGAUGGAGUGUAGUUGUCCUUUCAAAAUUUGACGACUCUUUUAAAUGAAAAUAUUUUAAUAAUUCAGAUGAUGUUAGUGAAUAACAUAAUUUUAUAUAAUGGCAUAAUGUUUCCCAAAGCAAAAAGCAAUUCUUAAAGCCUCCUUGUUUGAAAAACGUAUUUAGUUAGAACCCUCAACUUCAAAUAAUUUCAUACAAUGUUGUUAAAGGUAAUUCUGCGGUUCUCCAUUUCUUCACUUUCAAUACUUAGCAGUUUAUUAUAAAAUGAAGUGGUAUAUAAAUCUUGAUUUAACAGAUAUAUCUCUUUGUACAUUCAGUUUUUUUCUUCUCAGGGAUAGCCAUGCUAGGUAUUUUUGUUUGCCCCUCCUUACUGCAUACACAACAUAUAUUGCUAUAUCACGCAUUGAGUGUCCACACUGAGCGAGACGCUCAACAAUACUUAUUGAAGUUUUUUUUUAAACAUCUUAAUUGUGGUUCACACUGCUUACAACACUGGUACGGCUGCCCGCUUUAACAACUUGGCAAGGAUUCUUAUAUCCUUGCCAAGCUAGAAUUAAGAAUUCUAGCUGAGGAAAUGACAUUGGUUGCAAAUAUUUACUUAGCAGAAUUAUUUGCAUGGAAUUCAAUGCAUAAUUGUUAUUUAGCAUUGUUCGUGUUCAUUACAACAAUGCAACCCAUACCUCUUUAAAGGACAAAAGCUCACUGUACUGAAGCUUUGUCAAAGUCUUUAUUGUGCUUUGUGCAUGGUGCUCCCGCUGAUUAUCUAUCGUAGGCUUAAUUUCCACUGCUCUUUCGCGUCCAGUGUUUGUUCCUCAGUUUGGGGAAGGAGUAAGAGCUCAUUUCCCAAACAGUGGCUGGAAAUCGAGCCUAUAUCUAUUGUAACUACAGGAAAGGUUAUCAAGGCAUUCCUUUGCUUCAGCUAACAAAGCCUUUGUCAAAUUUAAAUCCCAGAUUAGUGAUAAAUAUCAGGAUUGUCAAUUUCAUCCAUUUCAGGAGUUCUAGUUAAAGUUGAAAUGUCAAGUAACUACUUUUAGCCUUCAUGACAUUUUCGUUUUGUAACACUUUUUUUCUUGUUUUAACUCAUUUUAAAGGAGUACAGUGACAUAAAUCCUUGUGUAUUCGAUUGGGAUUGUUUCUUUUUUCCAUAUCACAUGAUUUAAUUUAUUUUUAUGCUUUUUUGAUGGUCAGGGUCUUCUGCCAUCUUAACAAAAUGUACUGGGUGACAAUGAAAGACAUUUGAUUAAAAUUAAAUGA